UCGUUUGUUGUCAUUUGAUCAAAAUAGAACCACGUUUUUCUUCGCUGUUCGCUGCCGAUGUUUUCCUACACGGCAUCUUUUCGUUGCUGCUGUGCAAAAUAAUCACGUUAUCGGUUCUUUUUCCGCAAUUUAUACGUGCCAACAGUGUAGUGCAUCGACCGGCCUGAACACAGCCAUCCGUCACCAUGCCGAAAGUAAGCUCCCGGCCGGGGCCUCCCCGGAAACUCUCCGUCAACAAAUCGAAACAUUCGAUGAAUCCGGAGCGUUCGACGGAGGGCCUCAAGGGUGUCGCCAAGCCACGCACCAAGGCCACCAUCAAGCGGCUACAGAUGUAUCGCAACUUCAAGGCAAAACGCGACAGCCGGGGCAAAAUAAUUGCGCCGGCACCCUUCCAGGGUUGGGUGCCCAGCGGGACGGUGUCCCGCGUUGAACCCUCGCCCAAAUGGUUCGCCAACUCGCGCGUCAUAUCGCAGAACUCGUUGCAAAAGUUCCAGGAGGAGAUGGGUAAAGCCGUCAAGGAUCCGUACAAGGUGGUGAUGAAAGCGACCAAUUUGCCGAUUACGCUCCUGAACGAGACGGCCCGCUACCAGCGGGUUCAUUUGCUGGACACGGAGAGUUUCGAUACGACGUUCGGGCCGAAGCGGCAGCGUAAAAGGCCAGCGCUGAAGGUGCGUGAUUUGGAGGAUUAUUCCAAGUCGGUGGAGGAAUCGGCGGAAAGGUAUGACGAUACGAAGGAUCGAGAUAUCGAGCGGGAUGAUGGCGGUGUGAGGGAUCAGGUCCGCGAAUGGAUCUUCGCUGCGGGUCAGAGCAAGCGCAUCUGGAACGAGCUGCAUAAGGUGAUUGAUUCGGCGGACGUUUUGCUGCAGGUGCUGGAUGCUCGCGAUCCAAUGGGAACGAGAUCGAAGUAUAUCGAGGGAUUCCUGCGCAAGGAGAAGCCCCAUAAGCAUUUGUUUUUCAUUCUGAAUAAGGUGGAUUUGGUUCCGAUUUGGGUGACCCAACGUUGGGUUGCGCUCCUCAGCAAGGAGUAUCCAACGAUUGCAUUUCACGCCUCGAUGAAGCAUCCGUUCGGAAAGGGAGCCCUGAUUAAUUUGCUGCGCCAAAUCGGGAAGUUGCAUGUCGAUAAGAAGCAGAUAAGUGUGGGUUUCAUUGGUUAUCCUAACGUUGGCAAGUCUUCGGUGAUUAAUGCGCUGAGGAGCAAGAAAGUCUGCAAUGUGGCGCCUAUUGCAGGAGAAACGAAGGUUUGGCAGUAUAUUACGCUGAUGAAGAGGAUCUAUUUGAUCGAUUGCCCCGGUGUGGUAUAUCCGACAGCGGAAACAGACACGGAAAAGGUCCUCAAGGGAGUCGUGCGAGUUGAACUGGUCAAUAACCCCGAGGAUUACAUUGAAGAUGUACUGAAAAGGGUCCGGAAGGAGUAUUUGAUCAAAACUUACGGAGUGGCCGAAUGGUCUUCGCAUAUUGACUUCCUGGAGCAUGUUGCCAGAAAAGCGGGUAAACUGCUGAAGAAGGGAGAACCGGACGUUUCGACUGUAGCUAAAAUGAUACUAAAUGAUUGGCAGCGUGGUCGGUUGCCGUUUUACGUGCCCCCGGAAGGCUUCGAGAUCCCAAAAUCGAUUGGGGAGCAGUCCGCUGAGGAAGAAGCAGUCAAGUCUGUCGUGGAAGAUGAUCAGAAGACAACCUAUUCCGGGGUAACGGCCACCCCAACAAUCCCGGAUACGAUCAAGAAGGGCAAAGAACUCUUCCAGAUUCAAGAUUUCCGAAAAAUUAGAGUUAACCUCGAUUUUGAAAAUGAAGACGUUCGAGAGAUUGAUAAAAUCGAUUUGGAGCUGCUGGAAAAAUUGAAAGCGGAGAAAAAGGCGGAGGCAAAACAGAAGAAAGCAGCGAAAGCCGAACGAGGAGAGGAUGACGAUUCGUCCGGUAUUUCCGACUUCUACUCUGAGGAUGAGUACGAUGAGGAUAUUGGCAAAGUGGUACACAAGAGCGCCAAGAGUAAAACAAUCUCCGGCGGAGCCGCAAACUCGAAGAAAACCGACCAGGAGAAAUCUGCCAGCGGAAGCUUUGCUGUGGAAGAGGAGACGAAGGGGAAGCAGUUACCGAAAAUGACCGCGAAACAGCGAAGAGCAGUUGAGCGCGCAUCCAAACGGAAGAAGAUUGGAAGCAACUUCUACGAAACGCAUAAUGUAAAGAACAGAAAUCGCAACAAGAAGCCUGCCUCCGAUUGAAUUAGUUGAUAUUUCGGUAGUUCUAGAAUAUAUAUUGAAAAGUAAAUAAAGUGUUUUAUAAACAGA